GAUAUGAUUCUAUUGUUUGUUGUAACAAAUCUACGAUGUCAAUGAUUUCCAAUUUAAAUGAUUCGAUAUUGUCCUUUUACGAUGGUCAGUCUCAUUGUUUAGUCACAGAUAUCUUGGUACCUGGUUAUACCAUAGAAGAGGAAUUCAUAAGACUUAUUAGAUUUGCGAGUUUUAAGAAAAUUAGAGAUUUCAUUUCUAAGAUUUCUAGCCAUUCAAUAAACUUACAUUAUCCCACAUUCGACUUAAAAACACCCCUUCUAGAAGUUAUUCGUCGUGGCGAUGUUCAUAUUUUGGCAUUACUUAUCGAAAAGAUCCCAGUCUGUUUGGACGAUACGACAACACAACCUUAUGGUAAAACUAUUCUUAUGAGUGCUGCAUACACUACCAAAAAUCCGGAAAUAUUACAAUUGCUUUUAAAAAAAGGCGCUAACAUCAAAAAGCUCGACAAUCGUGGUUGGACUUGUCUUCAAUAUGCCAUAGUUGGAGAAUGUCUAAGAAAUGUGGAAAUUCUUUUGGAUUUUGGUUUGGAUAUCAAUGUUCGAGAUUACAAUAAUCGAAUACCGCUAAUGAUAGCCGUUCUUUUUUCGAAUGUGGACGUUCUUUUGCUGCUUUUGAAUCGUGGCGCCGAUAUUACAGCUAGAGAUCAAACAGGCUUCACGGCCUUACACCUUGCAAUCUUGCGAAAAAAAAGAGAUGCUGCUAUUAUUUUGAUUAAAAGAGGAAGCGACAUUAACCUUCCCACACCGCUGACCAAAAUCUCGCUUCGAAAAUUGUCCGAAAUUACGUUGCCAAAACUGUUACCAUCUAUUCAAUACGAAGAAGAUGCUCUUGAUUGCGAGGAUCAAGAUUGAAUGUGAAAAAUGAUAAAAUUAGUAUUUUUAUUUUGUUCACCGAAGGGUUCUUCUUCAUAUUCGCAAAGCUGAGAUGCGUGGCUAAAGUUUCCACUUCGUCAUCUGUAAUCCUUUUGUUCAGAAAAGUGGCUACUUUCUUGAUUAUAGACG